AUGGCACGAGUGUUCAGGCAAACGACGUCGACUUCUGCCAUGCGCGUUCCAGGCAGUGCCACGUCAAGGAAGAUUCGAAAGCACAAGGUGAUUAUGGAAUCAGUUACACAGGAGAAGAAGAAACUGCGGAGCGUAAUAUCGUUCGAGGCGAAGGCACCUCCCGGCUAUACAUUCAUUCCUGCAGGUAAUCCUCAGCUCACCAAUGCAUGCAAGGACAUUUGUCGGACAGAUGGGUUGAAGGUCUUUGCUGUCACGACAACUCCUCAUAUGCACACUCAUGGUCUUUCGCAACAUGUGCAUAGAAUUGGGUAUCAUUUUCCCAGUACUGUUGUUGCUACCGUAUGUAUGGAUCUAGGUUUAUAUCUUACGACAACCGGAAAGGUUGUCCCUAUCUAUGGCGUUGGCAGAAAUGGAAUCCGCAGGCGUAGCAACUCGGAGGUGUCUCAGAUCACCAUUAACACCGAAGCGAGAGACGUGAUCAGGGAUCUUUUCCCCAAUAUACCCGACAAAGAUUUGAAUCAGAUUAUUAAAACCGCUUUCCAGAAGGGCCAACGAAAAGUCGGCACUGCUGUUGAGUUGCCUCUAGCCCGUCGAGCCCAGUUAGCGGUGGUAGCUCACAUCCGCCACAUAUACACAGAUUACGAUCGUCUUCUCAAAACAACAUCCUUCCACGAAGCCAGGAGCCUCGUUGAGGAGCCUACCUUAGCCAAACUAGUCGAAUGGAGGGGCGAUGAUGAGAAUGGAAAGAAAGUUCUUGAGGACGUUUUUCGAGAGGUCAUCGUCAUAUCUGACGACGAUGACUCUGAUACUGAAGAAGUAGCCUCAGCGUCGCUUAACCGAGGUCAUGGUUUGGAAAUUAUUUCUGUUUCAAGCAAUACACGAGCGGAAGAACUUCAUGCCAGACCUAUUUAUUACAAAAACUUGUCAUUACGAGGAUCGUUACAAAACAUUUCCGACGAUGAUGAAGCACCUCCGGGCUAUCGUUUCAUUAUGGGAACAACGAAGAGCAAGAUCGACCGCCGCGGCUUCAGCAGAUACCAGGCCUGGGAUCGUGCUAUCAAUCGAUAUAGGAAUGAAGCUCAAAAUAGGAAUGCUGCAAUGACUAACCAGGACAGACUUCGAAAGCCCACGUUCCCCGCUCCCUUACAGAAAAAUGCGCAAAUGAGAAUGAGCAUUGAGCCUUCUGGAGGACGUUCUCUGGCUGCUCUGCCUUCUCCCGUUAAAUACAUCUCUGCUUCUAAUCGAACAGGUCCUGGCUAUAGGGUUGAAUCUUUUCCGGAUCGAGAGAGAGCUCGUCCGUAUGGACUACAUACUCUGAUUGCUCCAAUCUCCCAGAGAGACCCAGAUCCUGUCCAUAUAUCGGGCUCCCAUCAAGAGAAGUCCCCUAUGUUUACAAGUGAUCCCUUAAAUGCCUCCAUUAUGGUUAGUGGCCCUAGAGAUGCCCGUGAAGGCGAUGGGCGCCAAUUUGGACGCCACGCUAGAGCACUAGUCCCUUUCCAUAACGCACGAACCUUGAAUCCUCAGGACCAUGUACUGCCAUCAAUUGAAGUUCCCUACUCUUCACACUUGGGCUCUAUAUCCCAGGACAGCAAGUACAGAGACAGCUCUAAAAAGCUAGAUGCUUCAGUCUGUCCUAUAACAUCUUGCCACCCGAUUAGACAAAACUACAAAGAACAUAGCACACCUGAUAGGGCUUGUGCUAGCAAUCGGGUUCUGAAGAGGCGGCGGCUUACAUAUGAUGAGGCUACCUGCAAUGUCAGUUAUGGUAGCUUGUCUAGGGCUGCACAGUUUGUUGGUCCUGCUGUUCACGAAGCGACCCAUCCAGGAUCGAAAAAUAUUGCAUCAAGGAAAAUGCCUGUGCAGGAUGAUUCUCUUAUACGUAAGAAAUAUGUCGCUCCAGGUAAUCGACCUUGCUUAGGACCGCGUCCGCCAGUGGGCAUCCAGAAUCAAAACUAUCCUGCACAUUCCAAUCUUAAUUCAGGUUUCUCCGUGGACCGAAAACAAUACAAUGACCUUGGUACCCCUGCAUUUUCGAAUUAUCCUCAGCCUGAGCUUAAUGCUCUUCAGAGACUUCCAAAACCAACCCUUUCCAAGGCGCCGUCUGGAGCAAACUAUUUUGUCCCCAAGGAGGAUAGCCUAUCCAGAACCCACACUUUCCCUGGUUCUUUUGGUACCAGGCCAUGUCGUUUUAUCUAUGACGACAUUAGUCUUGACGUUCAUGGUCCAGGACAGCCUACAUUGGAAAAGAGGAAGCUCUCCACAUGGAGGAGCAGUGCUGAUGGUUCUGUUUUUGAUUCAGAUGAUGGCCAUUCGCGAAGGAAAAUUCAUUCGGGCAACUUUUUUCGUCCUAUUAAUUCCCAUAACCCCAGUCCAUUGGAAUAUGCAACGCGGCCGCCGGAGACGCAGAGCAACUGCAGGGGGCGUAUCUCUCAUCCGGUCAGAGUUGAAAGACAUACUGAUCGGCAUGGAAACGAAUUGUCUCAAAGAAUGGAAUUACCCACCCUGGGUGACCGGCCGCACUGGAAUGCUCAAGAAGAAGAACCUGCUCGCGGGUACACCGUGCAUCGCACUCAUGACUUUGAAUCCACAGACCAUUAUUACAAGGUGCAGCGCGAUGUCCUACCGAGUACUGAACGACAGGCCAACGCAUACUCGUCGCCAACAAGGCUACGUCCUUCUACAUACAUAGGAAUGGCCACGCGUCAGCAACCACGCGCUCAUUUUCCGGAGGGAAAUUCAACCGUCAUUGUCGAUUAGAAAAGGCGCACUGUGCCACGCCAUGUUAGGUUGUAACACUUAUUAACUGACCACGAAUAUGAUGUGGACGAUACCGAUCGUAUACUCGUAUGAGUCAUUUUCUCUCUGCAUCCUUGUGAACUAAGUGCUGGACGUUUUUAGGCACUGGCAAUACUAUGCUGCAUACAUACUCUGUACAUUGUAAGGAUAUAAAUUAGUGGGCCCCGUGUUUUGAAGGGACUUCUGCUUCGGGAACAUCUA